AUGAGAAUUGAGAAGUGCUACUUUUGCUCCUCAAACAUCUAUCCUGGUCACGGGAUCAUAUUCGUCAGGAACGAUUGCACUGUAUUUCGGUUUUGUCGCUCAAAGUGUCAUAAGUUAUUCAAGAAGAAGCGCAAUCCGAGAAAGACAAAGUGGACGAAAGCUUCUCGCGUGGCUCGAGGGAAAGAAUUGAAAAAUGAUAGCACGUUUGCUCUCGAAGCACGUCGUAACGAGCCUCUCAAGUAUGAACGACUAUUAUGGCGUAAAGCAGUUGAUGCUGCCAAAGAAAUAUUACCAAUAAGAGAGAAACGUUACGGUGAACAUAUCAAAAAGACUUUGCAACCUGGAAGAGCUGUUAAGCGUAUCGGGGAUUUAGAAAGGGCACAGAAGAAGAUAUAUCUAAUACGUGCUCCCCUGACAUCGACAAAACAAGCUCUGUGCCUAGAAUCUCAACAAAAACAGGAAGAAGAUAUGGAAAUAAAUUAG